AUGAAUUCACCUUACACAGCCGUGCAGUAUUACCCAGAGUUUGCCUUUCAUCGGUGAGUACAAACAUCAUGGUUUAUGGUUUACAAUCUAGAAGCUGAAGAUUUUAUCUUUCUUAUUAUUCUAUCAUUACGCUUAUUAUUAUUAUUAUCAUUAUUAUUAUUACAAUAUCGAAUCCAGAGGCAGGAUAAUCGGUUUCAAAAAGGCUCAGCAUAGAUUUAACAUGGGGUUCGGUGUCACAGGUGUAUUCAGUCAAAUGUGAUCUAGCUCUUUACGCAGCAGUUUGAAAACGUUGAAUCUAUUAACCACAGUGGGAAUCUCCCUUCUCUCUCUGUGACCUGGCCGAGAACCCAGACUGAGAGUGUCUGGAGGUCCAAAGUGACCUGAGAACAGUUGUGUCUGCCUGGAUCCUCAGCUGCUGCUCUGCCCUCAUGUAUUUAUAAGUGUGGCUCACUUAUGGCAACAAUGCAUGUGUAAAAGGCCAUCAAGGCCAAAAUGGCAGACAGGUUACAUGACAGUGUAAUCAUUCAGUUUUGUUCCUUUGAUUUUUACUCUACUUGACUUUGAGCAAUUUGGAUGGAAGUCAUUUUUUAGAGGAUGUUUUGCAGAGGUUUUAACCCAGAACUCCAAAUUAAUGCCACUGAAUCAAGAGCAUGUCACAUUUGGGCAUUUCGGGCCUCAAGAGUCUCCUGUACUUUAAUCAGUGUUAUGAUAAUAACAUCACGUCAGACUUGAAUGUUGCAUCUUUACCUCCUGAACCUGUAGCUUAUAACUAUAAUUCAGGGUAAUCAGGUUAAAUUAUCAACAUUAAAAUAAGCGCCAUGCUACAUAAUGAUACAAUCUUCAGGGAUUCAAACAGGAUGUAAGAGUGUGGAGAAAACUUACACAAAAAAUAGAAAUCACCCACAACUUUACAAAAAGUUUUUAGGUUAAAGUUAUUUAAAAAAAAAAAAAACAUCAGGCCAUACGAAAAAAUAAAAUAAAACAAUAAACAUGAAAAAUGUGAUACAUAUGGUAGAGUACUUAUAAUUCCCAUCAAUCUACCUGUUAAACUAUCCAUCUAUUUGAUUUAGUUUUGGUGGAUUAAAGUGGGACAAGAGCAAAUCUUGACCGACUGGAUGAGUUGAAAUGAGGAAAUAACAUCUGUUAUGAAUCAGUAUCAUAUAUAUCUAAAGACAGAGUCAGUAUUUGAUUAGUUAAUUAAUUGACCAAUUUUUAAUAUAUCAUAUUACUAUCAUUUCUUUGAUCAUACAAGUAAAAUUAAACUUCUUCAGUUCAGGGGCUUCAUUUUGAGAAAAAUAAAGUAGUAAAAUUAAGCAUAAAAGAUAACAAGAAUUCAGCAGAAAUGGGCCCUUUUAGCCUAACCCAUUAAGGUGGGCUUCGUCCCAAGGGGGCCAGCAAUGCUACAUCUGGGUGUGGUUAAGAAAAAUGUAUUUGGGUUUGAUUGGUUUUAAGCAAGUGAUUUCUUUUUUAAAAUACACAGGACGGGAAUUGGGGCUUUCCUGGGUUCACCUCAGCAAAUUUGAGGGUAAUUUUGUGUACCUUUUAGUCAUGAAUGUUCUUUUUUCUCAAUCCAGCAAAAAUAACAUUUUAAAGCAGGAUAAUUUGGGAAAGUGAAGCUUCUUCUUUUUGGAGAAGGGCUCAUUUAACCUAAAAGAAAAUAAACGUAGUUCUUGAUCCAGAGGUCAAGAACUACAAGUGCAACCACAAGUUGGAAAUCCUGUGAGCACCCUCAUCCUGAUAAUCUAUUCUUCAAUUGACUGGAUCAACCUUUUUUUUCUUCUUCAUUUGGCAGAAUUGAACCCAGCUGUCGUCAUAUAAUAUUUAUGUCAAAAUCUGAAAGGAUAGAUAGUCAUUCAAGAAAAAGCGUGCGAUGCACAAAGGGUUAUUGUUAUUGACAUUUUGUACGGAAGGGUCCGUCCGUCUGUCUGUCUUCUGUAUCUGUGUGUCAGUGUACAUGUAUGAAUAUAAGUGAGUCCAUAUAUUAAAAAUAAAAAUAGUAGCCUCAUGAUGCUGACAGGUUUUAAAUUGACAGUGAAAGUUCAGUUCUGUAGAUCAGCUCUGGCGUCACUAUACAUCUUAUUUUCUGUCACCUGUGAUUUUGCUUUGUGAGACAUACAUGCCCAUUGUUUUAAUCUUCAUGGAAGUAUUCAACAGAGUUGUGUUUACAAAAGACCCUGGUUAACUUUUUGCCCCAUAUUUUUUGGCUUCUAAUUUUACUGCACUUGCUACUGUCUGGUUUGGAAAACUGUAUCAUGUCACUGUGCAUUAAUACUAUAUUCAUAAGAUAUUAUUAGACAUAACUUCUCUUUAGUGCUAAAUGCCAUAGAAUAUUUGAGUUAAACAGUCAGUAAUAAGAAUUAUUUGCAUGACUCCAGCUCAUAAAGUUGAAAAAAAAAAAAGAAAAUCACCCUCUUUGGCGUCCAUGAGCCAUCUGUUUGGCCUUGGUGAUCACACUGACACAAAUUUGAAGUUAAAUUCAUGAUUCUUUUUUUUUUCUGUUUUUGAGCAAAGACAGAUUUGCCAGCAUUGCUUUCUUUCAGAUUUUAUUCAUCUUUAAGUCAAAGGGUAUUGUUUUGGUCCACUGAUUCUCUUCCUCAGUGGUUUUCUUUGCAUUCCUAACCUCGGAGGAAUUUGUGCUUUUUGUUUUGCCCCAGAGGAUUUGACUUCAGACUGUUUCACUUCUAUAAAAGUAAGGGGAUAAGAGGGGGACAAACUUUGGGGCUUUCUAUUGUUUUGCAGUCAUGUCCCUCUUCCAGCCAGGGCUGACAGAUGAGGAGGAGAGGGUAUUAGGGCUUUGAACAGGUGAUUAAUAAGGACACAGGAGAAGGGCCCCGAUCGGCUGGUCUGUUUGUUUUGAUUGCAUUUUCAUCGGUCGGUGUGCCCAACCUGCCAAGAGACAAUGGCCAUCCCUGUUUAGUGCUGACCUUUGCCCCAGUCUCGUCUGGAGGCGCUGCUUCGUCUUUAAGUGGAUGCUGAACAGCCUUUGCCUCGGGCAAACUGAAAAACUCUGUGAGUAACCAGACACCAGAAAGCAGACAAACAACCACCAGAACAGGGAUAAACCAAUCUAUCCUGGCAGCUUAUAAAAUAUAAAACAGCUAAAUGUUCUAAAAGCCUAAUGAACAGUGAAACAAAAUGCUGAGAUUGCUCUUAGUGCAUCCAUGUGGAUGUUAAAGAACUAAAUUUUAAAAACUCAGGUUUACUGUGUUUAACCAUGGUUUACAUUUAGCUGUUGAAUGAUUUGUACCAAAGUCUCUGCAACAAAAAUGAUGCAAAGUUCACUGAAAUGUGCAUUCAGUUAUAGGCCACUUUGGAAAAAAUGUUUCUGUCAAAUUUAAAAAAUAUAUAUAUUUUUGAACAUUUUACUGUCGACUCCAAGAAAUACAAGGAUAGUAUUGCACGUAUAAGACAUGGAACACAUCGGUAAAACUGAGCUGAGUGCACACAGAUCAUUACAAGUUAGCCCAGGACAUCAACAGAGGGAGACCAGUUCACUGUGGAUAGCAGUAAGCUGAACCUAAUGCACCAGUUUUACAUUUAUAUUCACUGUUCAAACAGUGAUUUAAGACAGAGCUAUUUAAAACUUAAUGAGAUGACAGUUGAACGAGUGAAACAGCCUAAUUAAAGGGAAUAUUUGAGUCAAAAUCAAAUGAAGUUAAGCUGAAGGAGAGGCCAGUAAAGGGACCACACCUAGAAUCUUCCUUGACUCCAUUAAUGCACAAUUAAACAAUAACCACAGCUGGUUAUUUUGCUCAUAUAUUUUGAGAUUGAGAAGGUGACAGUUACUUAAAAACCCAUCCACAUUAUUGUUUAUUUUGUUAACGACACUAACACAUUUUUAAAUUCAUAUUCAGACAAAACAGCUAAAGCACCAAAACCCAGAGGCGUUUUUUCCUCCUGAUCUCCACUAAGAUAUUUUGAAAAGUUGGACUUUAUUAGACUAAGAAUAAAUAGAGUUUGUAAUGAUUAAAUCUUUUAUUUCAAUUGUAUAAAUGAUUAAUACUCUAGCCAUUCAUACAAAGCAUUUACUUUUCAGUGUUUUUGUCAGGUAUAUAACAACUCAUAAUGUAAUAAUGGCUCAAAAGGUAAUUACUUAAAUGUAAUAAAAGGUCAUAUUGUAAUAAUCCACUCAUAACGUAAUAAGUUGUUACAUUAUUUCAUUUUGCACAACGACAGUAUUACUUUAUGAGGACAGCAGCCAAACAAAGGCUAGCUUGUGCAUUUGCCACAACUGUUAAGCUAGCUCACAUGUCCAGUUACAUUUCCGUGUCAGCUCUUAGCUGCAGUUUAUUCAAUGUGCUUAACUAAUAAUCAUUUAAUUAAUUUUAAUGAUGGGUGCUUCACCACUCUUUGUUACAAAGUACAAAAGACGUGAUUAUUAAAAUACAUUUAACACAGUCUGCAGUUUGAAGUCAGCAUGCUACUUUAUAGUGUAACUUUAUAUGCUUGAUUGAAUAACUUGAUGUUGCUAUUUUUUGUCUGUGUUUAUGAGGGACAUGUAGUUUUAUGAGUGUGUUUGAUGGUUAUAUAUGCUGCUCUUUGUUUUAAAUUCCAUAUAUUUGUGCAUGCAAUAAAUGUCUACCUUUUGCUAGCAAAAAAAAAGAAGACAAAAAUCAUAUUAGGUAAAGGGGUGAAGGAGGCUGACAAAAAUGUGGAUCUUGAUAUUUUGGGGGUCAACAUUUUGCACUCCUUAAAAUAUAUGUAAAACGGAAAAUAAAUGUGUCAGUAAAAAGCCUUGUGCUAGACUGAUUAUCAUAUUUACAGUACAGAUGUUAAUAAUAAAAAUACAAAAAAACGUAUAAUGAGAAACAGGUCUUUUCUAUUAACCAUUCAAACCAGACAGUGUUUUACUGAAUGGCUCUGCUAAUGUUUGCUGGGUGUGUUUUUGUCCCGCUGAUACCUUAGCUGGUUGACCAUGUUUGAUCACUGUCUCUUGAAGCUUGUCAUGUUCUUCAUGUACUGUGCAGAGCUUAAGUUGUGAACGGUGGGACUAGUUAGUUGUUGAGCUGUCAACAGCCUUCUGAUACAGACAGCAGAUUGGGGUGUUUUAGCAACAUCUGUCUUUGCAAACCAAACCACCUCCAUGUGAGUGAGAGGAGUGCGUGCCAAAUUCUAGUCAAAUUGAAAUAUAAGUUAGUCCCCUAAUUCCAACUUUGUAUAUUGCUACUUUUGUGGAGUCAAAGCCUCCUCAUAAUGUUGAUUAUGCUAAAACUUAGAACAGUCACUUGGCCUAAUCCACUUUUAUGGUAUUUGGACUUUGCAAACUCAGUUAAUCUUUACUGUCAGCUCAUCACUCCCUCUUGUCUGCCUCCUGUACAAGUUAAUUUUUUCUUUGCCUCAUUAGAUAUGCCUGUGUUUGUAAGUCAGGUAUUAAUAUCAUUCAUCACACAGUGCUGGGGAAUUCCAAAACCUAAAAUAGUGCCAGCUUCAGAUUAUACCCCCCCCCCCCCCCCCCCCAUGUCCGUCCAGCUGUACACAUACCAGAAGUUGCAGCAGUGCUAUCAUAUAGUCUGUGGGGGGAAUUCCGCCUGUCUCAGACUCCUGCGUACGCCACUUCAGCAGGAACAAUGGCAGGCUGAGCUGUGAAGCAGGUGUAAUGUUUCAGGGGAGCAGGUCAAAGUGCCUCUGUCUGAAUGGUGCAUAAUCACCAUUAUGUGUACUACAAAUAUUCAGUAUUAUGCAGGCUGACUUCUUCACAAUGGAAGUGCCCUUCAUGAAUGGCUGCCAGCAGGACUCCUCCUUCUCGUCCUACUCCUCCUCCUCUUUUCCUCCCCUGGCUGGGUGGCCCAGUCUUAGCCCUGCACAUCCACAUUUAUGUUGAAUGUUUACUGACAUUUCAACUGUUAAAACUGCAUUUCAAAAUCAUCAGAUCAUUUCAUUUUACAUUGACAGUUUUAAUAUGAGAACAGUUGUUGUUGAUUGUGUCUCUUUGCAGACUAAGGGACCCCUCAUCACGUUUAUCGUGGAGAGAGAGCUCAUUCCUCACAGCUAUGUCCCAGAAUCAGUCAGCACAGACAUCUGACUUCUUCAGCCAGGAUGUAUUCAACCAACUGUUCGAUAUGCUGGACCAGUAAGUGAAUCAUAUAAUAAAAUACUUAAGGCUAAAAACAAACACACCAUCAAAAAAAUUUAAAAUAAAUACACAGACUGUUUUCCAGUGUGAACGGUGUCCUGUGUUUCAGGUCUGCCGUUCAUUCAGUUCAGCCCAUUGAGCUUAACUUCACAGAGAGUCCGACUGAAAGGUCUGCAGGAAACACCAUUCAGAUCAGUAUGGACUGCAUAACCAUGCACGAGCCAGAUGAGACACUUUCUGUAAGUACGUAGGUUUGCUUUACAAGGAAAACACUGGUUUAAGUUUUGAUAGUGCUGCCUGUCUUACCCCCCACAGUCAGAGAUGAAAAGAUAACAAUGCAUUAACAAUAGUCAAAACAACAACACCUCCCCAUUGUUAUCUGGCUCUGUUUAGUUUAACAUUACAUGUGAGGUAGAGCAAGAAAACACUACUUUUUGCCAAAAGUAGUGCAUAGAACCACAAUUUUUUCAUGAUAGAUUGGGUGGUACAUAUUUGGAUUAUUGUUGUUUACAGAAUUACCAGUGUCACCACUGGUAACACAAAGUCAUUUAUGCCUCGUCUGAAACAAUAUAGGAUUUGCGUUUUAUGCACAGUGAAACUGAGAAAUACAAAUGGGACUAAUUGGGGUAACACUUUACAAUAACCAUUAUUUAUAAAUGGCAAAUAGAUAGUUUAUUAAUGUAAGUUAAUAGUUACUUUACCUUAACAAGCGAUGAAAUUAUGAUUAAUAAUUUUCAUUAAUUAUUAUUGGACUAUUUAUUUAAGGUUUAUAUAGGGUUUAAAAAUUGGUUGUAAAACAUCUAGAUUAAAAUGUGUAUCAGUAGCAAUUUGUAAGUGGUUAAUAUUUGUUUUUUAAACCAUCUUUAAACAUUACUUAAAUGGUUAUUGUAAUGUUACAUCUGAUGUUUGUAAUACUAUGUUAAUCAUUAAUAAGUGGUUUAUAAACCACCUAUAACCAUUACUUAGAUGGUUAUUGUAAAGUUAGGGUUAUGUUUUUUUAAGUUGUGAAAUGUAGAAUUUAUUAAUGGUCUAUAGCUUUUUAUCAAUGAUGAUUAAAAAUUAAAAAACUAUUUGCUUCCCAUUUAUAAAUGGUCUAUUUACCAUUUAUAAGUUAUGGUUAUUGUAAAGUGUUACCAAAAAUGAUUAUAUUGAUUACCGCUGUAAGUAAAACUCUGUGAAGUUCACAAAAAAUCCUCCAAGAGCAGGGGUAUUAAUAGCAGAAACAAUGUAGCAGGUUAAAAUCUGGCCUUAAAGACAAGACAUACUAAUAUCUGAUAAGUGUUCAUCUGUGUUUUUACACCAGAUUAAGACUACAAAAUCUUCUUGUUUGUUUUGAUAGAAACUGUGUUAGAUUAGGUGAUCACAGAGACUUAACCCAUGACAUGGCUUCACCGAUAGACAUGGCAGACAAAGAAACACAACCAAUCCUCCUGACCCAAUCAAUACAUUGGAAGAAAGAGAGGCUCAGCUAGACGACACCCAGUAAGAGGAGUGUAAAAAAAAUGCCAUCUGAAGCAGUGUUUGAUACUUGAUGAGUUAUGUUCAGAAGAGCACACGAUAAGACAGACUGUGGUCACGUCUGUAGGUCAUGCAUGUAUUGUUUACCGUAUGGACUAUCAGUUCUUCUGCUUCACUGAUUUUUGCACACAGUGCUCUCACCGGUCGUCCCCACAAAAGUGAUGAAACUCAUCAUAAAGGUGGAAAGAAAAUUUUAAGCUUUCAGGACUUUCCCCUAUGCGGCUCUUGAUUGCCAUUCGAUUUGACGCACAACAAAAUAUGAAAUCAUCUUUUUCUGAGUCUUAAAACUUUUAUCUGCCAUGUCAGGCUUGAAUCAUGCUUGUAUUGCCGAGUCUGACUUUAGUAUUGAGCUGUGUAAACGUUUCUGAUAACUUGGUGAUGGUAAGGUAAAAUUGUACAGUAUAUGUAGUCGUACGUCAUAGUGCGUGCCGGUAAAAUAGCUUUUUUCCAAUUUGGUUGAUUUGUUAGUAACAGGACCAUGACAUGCAACAUACUGUUAGUGUUGCUAAUUGAUUUAUUGGCCUAAGUCAGCUUAAAGCCUAUUUAAGGUGAAGUACCUUAAAAUUUUACGAGACUUUGCCAAAUACUUUUGUGCACAUACGUGUGAUCCACGGUCUUGUACUGUUUGAGAUUAGUUUCAUUCUGAGUCAACCGAACCUUCAGCCAUGAAGUCCUCAAGUUUUAUAACACAGAGUGUGCUUUCAAUUCUCUUGUUAAGAAUGGAAUUUCCCAGGGAAAGUCAAGUAAGAAAAUGAUGUGCAGAGGUAAUCGUCAGGCUGAGAAUGAGCCCGGGUUAUCUGUUUUUAUUCCGAGAUGUUGUCUGUGCUGAUAUUAUCUCAUUCAGCCAGAGCUGUGCUUGACCUGGGUGGCCUUCUGAGAGACAAGAGGUUCUCAGAGUCUGUUUGUGGUAAAAUGUGGACUCAGGCAAUCACAGGCUGGAUAGUGGAUGAUUUUUUAAUGAACAUUUGCUUUUCUUGUGUCUGCUUUGGAAGAUAAAUAAUAGACACAUGGUGCAAUAAGGGGGACUUGAUUCUUUUAAUGAUUCAUACAAGAUGAACAUAUUACAGAUAAACUUGAAAAAAAAAACUACUGUGGGUAGGUAGAUGUGCAUAAAUCAAUGCACUGUGUCAACUCCCUUCAGUUUGACCUGUAGUGAGGGACAUCUGUCUUUCUGCCAACUCUGCUGCUGCUGAGGGAUGAUGUGCCUGCUCCCCUCCCUGUGCAGGAAUGCCGUUGUCCAGCCAGAGUGGAAAAAAAUAGCAAAUAAAAAUUGUGUUCAAGGAGCUGAGUAAUGUUACCCUGCGCAUCCCCCCAGGGGGCCUGUGCUCUCUUGAACUGGUGAUUAAUGGUCCCACCCCCACCACCACCCACUUUCCUCUCCACCAAAGAGGGGCGUGGUGCGCUGAUUGGCACGCCAGCAACUCAGGCAGCAUCCGUGUGGGGCUUAAAACCUUGCUCUGAUGGCAGGUUGCCAAUCACCAAGCCCUGAUAGUUAUUACCAAGUCAAGUGUCUGUUCGGAUGAAAAGAGAAGGUGGGCAAAACCACCCUUACCUACCUCCCCCCGCCUCCCCCCAGUGGAGGUGUGCCUCUUCAUGAGUCAUUAGAAUGCAGCUCAGUGUUUAGUGCCCUGGGGGACUUAUUUGUAUUGUGUAGGGUUUAUGUUUAAUCUGAAAUUCCUUUUUCUGCUGGAUUUUUUUUCUGUAGCUGCAGGGCAACAAUUUAACGUAGCACCUGCCUCUCUCGCAGAGGUCCCAGCUCUCAUCUAUCAGUACGUGUCUCCUCUAUGUGAAGGUGGGGGGUGGUAACAAAGGGGGGCAGGAGGGGAGCAAGCAGAGGGUAGAAUAACAUGAAGGAAUGCAGCAGAAAUAGUGGCAGGAGAAACGCUAUAUCCCACCCCAAACAGCUGAUUUUACACCCAGAUAAAGCUCUGAUCAGCUGUGCGUGGAGGACGCAGUGUUGAGCAGACGGACACAGGGUGUUUCAGGUACAAGAGGGAGAGUUUAAAAAACUUUACAGCAGAGAGUAGCUCAAUCAACACGCAGCCGUCCUGAGAUCUGAUUACAUGUUUGUGUUAGGAUUCUGCUCUUUUUCCACCUUGGCUUGUGUGUCUGGUGUGUGAUGGUCCUCCUCCGUUUUAAUGACUGAUCUGAUUCCACUACAGUUUUUACAUUUUUAAGAAUGUUAAAGAAUUUGCUGAAUGUGGUGCAACUAUGUUUAUUAUCAUUAAACUGAAUGUUACUUCUUUGGUAUAUUCAUAGUGCGAGUCUCUGUAUUCACCCUAUGAGAUAAAAAGUAUGUUAAUAAUCAGUCCAUGUCACUCUUUGUUUGCAGCUGUACCUCUCUGGUGCUACAAUACUAGUUUUACUUUUUGUUUUAAAGUAGAGUAACAAGAAGCACGACUUAAAUCUCAUCUUACUGGACUUUCUGUUUGAGAUCUGCUCUGUUUUUAAUCUGAAGUAAGCAACUGUAUUAAGCUCUUCUUUUAUGUGUUCAUGCUCCACCAGUUUGCCUCCAGCAUGUUAGUAGGUGUUUUUAAAGGUGUAGCACCGAGGUACGAGUGCUUGCCACGGUCCGCUUGAAUAACUGUUGAGACCGUGAGUCAGAGUGAGACCCUGUCUGACUUUAGAUGUGGGGCUACCACGGAAGAAGCCCCUAUCUGCCUAUCUUUGUAUUUUUUCUUACAUCCUUUUACAGCUCAGACAGGCUCAGCUGUACUUUCUUACAGCAGUUUCAUAUCCCGCCAGGUUCAACUGAAAAACUUGUAGGUCACACCCUGUGUGAGAGAGAAUGCAUGAAUAAAUCCUAGCAGUAAUCCCACAAAUGGCUUUUGUGAAACAUCAGUUAUCCGCAUUGAUUUCUUUAUAAUACCAGAUUUUAAUUCAGUACUUUUUUAACACUUUUGAGAAUUCAACCAUACUGAUGUGGAGAGAGUUGGAAAGAAACUCAGAAAGUCUUGUUCAGGCUUUGAUGAAAACAGUAGUUUGCAUAAAUGAAUGCUAGAUACUUCUUUUUGAAAUAAAUAAAUAAAACACAUAUCAGUUUAUGAGAGAAUAGUGCUUUUCUUUGAUAGUGGAAGUAACCUCGAUGGAACAUACAAGGAAAAAUGCCCUGAAUAAUGAGCUUCUACUAUAAAUUAAAGAGGCCUGGAAACUCAGGAGGGCCUGUGGACUGUAGUCUGAUCAUUGAGAUGCACCCCUGCUCUUCCCUUUGGACGGUGAGGCAAAGGUGGCCCUCAAGGACAUGGAAGAACUUGUGAUGCAUGAGAAGUAUAAUCGUUCAUUCGUCAAGAUUUCAGUAUGAAAAAAAUCUAAAAUGCAGUUAUUUUAUGAACAAAACCCACCCUCCUCUUCCUCCUUUUCUUUGUCUUUUGACCAGUGCAUUUCUGGCAAAUACUCACUAAAUACAAAAUCACUUCUUUUAUCUGUUCUGACCUGUGAUAGAAACAUGACAGUGCAAGAUGGCGGUCUCAGCAGAGGGAGACCUGCUCCUUGUGUAGCAAAAAAAAAAAAAAAAAGGCUUUGUCCUUGUCAACUAAAAUAUUUUAUAUUCUUUAUACUUGCUCAUUUACCAACUAUAGAUUUUUUCAAAUUAAUAGCUAAUAUAAACUCAGGUCUAUGGAAAUGGAAACAAUAAAAUCAACUGUUUGUCCAGUGAGGUUGGCAGAGGUGACAUUAAAGAGCAGGAGAAAGUUAGUGCAAACAAAUAUAACAGCACCUGGGGAAAGACAUUAGGAAUGCAAGCAGGGCGCAAAUGAGAUGGACCUGACACAUAAGGUUUAAAAGAUGUGCUACAUGAAAAUAGAAUACUGUGUAAAUAAGACAAACAUAAAGGAAAGACAAAUGCUGAAUUAGCUAAACAGUUGAAAAAAUUAUAUAGAUUAUAAUAUAUGGUACCACAAUACUCACUGCAUUGUAAAAUGUUAAAUGUCACAAUAAUAUCAUAUCAUGGCCCAAGUAUCAUCAUAAUAUCAUAUCGUGAGGCCACUGGUAAUUCCCACCCCUAGUAAAUAUAUGCUUAUCUCAACAAACUUAUGAAUAUUAUACUCCAUUUCCAGCAAAUGUGCUAAAUGUUGUUUAAUCCUAUAAAGUGUACCUUUAAAGUUUUCUGAUAAAUUUUCAAACAAUCAUACAUAGACUGUCUUUGAGAAGGUAAACCUGUUUGAAUAUAACUUGCAAUGUGUAUAAAAUGCAGAUUUGUAUUUAUUAUCAAGCCGUUCAUCCCAUUAUGUUUGAAUAUUUGUGUUUGUAUCCUGGUCCUAAGCAGUUGCAGUUACUCAGUUUUUUGUCAGAAAAAAAUAAUGAAAAAAUAAACAAAGUGAUAAAUCUAGACACAGUCAGUGAUUGAUAACUAAUUAAGUAAUCUAUUGGUCCUUUUAGCUUUAAAACACAUCUUUUUUUAUCAAAUUGAAGGUAAAUUGGCAUUGUCAAGUUAUGCAGUAGGUAAGUUUGUUCUACUGAAAGCAGCUCAAGAAGAGCAUUUUAGGGCUUUGGUUUAUUGAGGGGGUUUUAACUCUUGCCACCCAGGUGAUGCUCUCUGUUUCCAUUGACUGCCUGCGUCUGUCAGUGUGGAUGGGAGCUUUUACUGUUUUCAGGGCAGGUGUCUGUGCCCUGGUAGCCACUGCAGCCUGACACCUGAUACAAAGCUAAUCUAGCUGACUUAAGGAACAGGCCCUCUAAAGAGAGGAACUUUAGUAAAGCUUCUUUUGUCUGAGCCCCUGGAUCUGCAGAUCUUUAGCUGCUGCCUGGUUUGACUCUCUUCUCAGUUUCUCACCGCUGUUGCAUCUGAGGUGAUGAAGUUAACAGAGAUAAGAAAACGCUCUCUGAGGUCAGGAUGGAUGGAAAAAGGGUGUUGUUUCCAAACUUAUUUUAGUGUCUAAGAUGAAAUCUGAUUCUAUGUAAAAACUGAUUUCACAUAGACUCUUCUAUUGGCUUCAACAAAACUGUGCGAUUUUCAUAAGUCUAAAUUAUCUGGUGAUUUACCAGACUUUUGCAGUUCAUUGCAGCCUGAAUGUCACAUGCAUUAAUAGGUCAAUUCUCAAAGUCUGUCUUGCCCUGUUGGAUUACAGCCAUCACUCUAUAUUUUACUACAGCCUCACCCUGACUCUCAGUGCUCUAACUUCUUUUCAGAUGCCAAUGUUGUUUUAGCAUAAUUAGAAGUUUGUUUAGCUAAACUAAUUAUCACGCUCAGAGGGUUUGGCCAGGUCUUCGCUGACGCCUCCGUCCCUUGGGAGGCAAUUGAAUCGGGGCUCUUUAAAGUGUUGAUUUGCCUUUGUGACAGGCUGACCUGUGGGCUUGUAGCCUCAGGGCCCGAACAGGGUGUGUCUGCUGAUUGGAGACACUGACUUCAGGUCAUAGUUUAAGUUUUCAGACAGCUUUCAAAUCCUUCUGACCACAGGGCAGGAGUUUCAGCCCUGUGGCUCUGUGGUGUUAGUAGUAAGAGAAGUGAUUUUCACCCCUCUGACAAAGCAGCCGUCUGUCAGUGUAGGUCAUGUUUACAUCUGCAGGAUGACUCUGUGUUUGCAGCAGAAAAAGUUGUCAAUCUUUUAUUAACUACUUUCACUUUUGAACAUUGAAUGCACAAACCUGAAAAUCCGGAGGCUAGGCUGUUAAACAGCUCUGUGAUCUUUGGGACUGUGUUUCUCAAGACAGGGUAAAUAAAAGGUAGACUAAAGGGGGUCAUUUAGAUCCUCACAUUUUUCUAUGUUGAUCAGAAACUACAACAUUUGUCAGUAUACUGUGAUUGCUGCAGUAGAAAUAUAAAUAUAGAGUUACAAACCACAUUUGAUAACUGGUUUUCUCUUUUUUCUGUGCAGGAAACAGCAGUAACUACUGGACAAACAUAAUGAUGUUGAAGCUUGUAUUCAUUUGAUAUGAUGUUUUUAAGGCAUUACCAGUGUCUAGUCCAAAUCAUAGAUAAAAAUCAAGAAAAAGAUUUGGGUGGAAAUGUGUUUGCAGAUCAGACUAAAAACCUGGGGUAAGAAGCAAGCUGAAAAUAAUGCAGAACAUCGGGUUUAUAACUUUUUUACGCUUUUCCUAAAGCUCUCCCCAGCACACUGCUUUCUUCUUUAUCUUAUAAGAGGAUAUUCAAUAAUGGCUGCAUUAGUACACUUUGAAGUAACAGCAUUGUUGUUGUUUUUUUGUGAAUAAUGUAGCCAUGCUCUUUUGACAUCUGGAGUUGAAGUUUUUCCACCAAAACAUGUUUCAGGCUGGUUGAGUAAAAAUCAGCAAUUUUAAGUUGUUUUGAAAAAAAAGGUCUCUGCUAAAGUUUGACAUUUUCCCUCCAAAUUCAGUCUGAAUUGUUGUGAGGUAAAUCUUUUCUGUGCAUUAAUAAUGUGGCUCAUAGUAUUAGAAAUCAGUUUAUCGGUUAUUCGGGAUAAAAGUGUGCGAGGUUACUGAAUCUGUGGGAGAGCCAGUUGUAGAGACCUAUUGCAAUUAUCAGCAUCUGAGCCACAAUGCAUGUUUCUACAACAGAUCUACAUCAGUUAUCUCUGAUAGAUACAAGCAAUCUACAGGAGUCUCAUUGUUGUUCUGGGUGGGCUCUGCAAAGGGGAGUGAUUCUUAUGCUAACGAGUUACUGUAGGAUAACCCCCAACUCCAGACACCACUCUUGUGAAUUUUCUCUGCAUUUAUUUGGCAGUCAUGCUGUCUAUCAUUUACCACAGUGGGAUUUGCCUGUUUUGUAGUUUUUAACAUCACUUUCAAGAUGCAUUAAAUGCCUUUGAACGUUUUACAUGUUACAGGCAUGAAUUCAGUGAGGAAGGUGUUGUUGAGAUAAAAGUUUUCUUGCGUGUAUCUUUUGUCGCUCAAACAGGAUUUUUUUUUUGUCUUGUAUUGUAAAGUUGAGAAAAGGCAAUGCAACCUGAGCUAAGCAUCUUUCAUGUUUUUGGAGCUUGAUUUGUUGCAGCGCUGACUACACAAAAUAGUAAUUCUCUACUUAACUCAUACCUGUGGGGAAUCCUGCAGAGCUUCAAAGGCAGAGUAGGGAGAGGUAGCUUCUCCUGCUGAUGGGUGUGGACUCAGGAUUUGGACAGGUAUCUUAGACCACUCCUCCUCUUCCUGGUAUAUAUGACAUCCCAUAGAUUCCUAUAGAAGCUUCUUGUUGUCCACUUUGGGACUGUCGUCCACAUCACUCCUUUAGAGUGAGAAAAAAAGAUUUGUGGAACCCUGGAGCCAGUGGAGCAAACAGCAGCAGCUCUGCUCAACCUCAGCGCAAACAUGUUGUACCUGGAGACGGGGACCACCACAUCUUACAGUGAGGUAAGACCAAUGGAGGGAACUGGUAAGGGGGCAUCAGCCAUUAGGCCCCUUCCUUCAGUCAGAUCCUUAGAGCUCCAUAGGACAUAAAAUACACUAAGAUGUAAAAGGCCUUAAGUUCCCAAAAUCAACUAUGAUGUGAGGGUCCGAAAGGAUCUCAAGUCUUUGAAUUAGAGGAAUUAUUUACUGUUAAUGCUAAAAAGAUGUAAGUCAGAGUGAUAAAGGGGGGACAGAAGAUUGCCCAUUUAACCGAAGUAGCUUUUGCUUAGAGGAGAUGAUUUUGUGUUUCUGUCCGUAUGUUUGCGUGCUCACCUGAGUGUGAAGCUGUCCUGAGAGCAGGGGAAUGUAAACACCUGGACUAUCUCUCUGGAUUGCUGUUUUCUGGUGUGUAAAAUGGCUGCUUUCUGGCUCAGCCAAAAGAUUGUAGAUGGUGUGAUUUUACUUUCGGCUGUUGUUGAAACCAGUUUUGCUUGAAUGAUUUUGACUAUAAAGGGCUUUAUAUUAUUUCUCUUUUUUAAAAAUUUUUAUAGAUAAGGACAAGAGGAAAAAAAAAGACUUUAUGAGAAUCAGCAUAUUGAAAUUUUCAGUAAGUGAUCUUUAAUUAUUUUGAUGAGACAUUUUGAAAAAGGCGCUGAACAGGGAUGUUUUGCUUACUGCUUCCCAAAAGUCACAUUCAGAUUGAAUUUCUUGUCUGUCAGAGAAGUGUUAAACCACUCUUUCAAAAAAGUAAAAAUGAUUUUAUCUGCAGAAGUUGAAAAUGAAAGAUUUAGAGCUUCUAUCCCCAUUUUUCUGACUGAAAGUGCAAGCAUCAUGAUUAAUGGAUCUGUGUUUGCAGAGCUUGAUGAACUUGGAGGACUAUAAAAAGUUGUUUUCAAAAGGAAUUCAAGAUGAAAGAAUAUAAAAUCAUAAAGUAUCCUUUAGCGACUUUUUCUGGCCAGACAUCUUGAAAUUACUAUUUUUAUGUGGUCUUUUCUUGAAGUCUGUCAGACCAUAAAAAUGCAAUGGUGGGCAAGACAGAAUCUGAGGGAAGAAAAACUUGUUAAAUUUUAACCGUAUUUGUCUGUUAAUGUAAUAAAUAAGGAAUACUUGAAUCAGUUUAAAAAAAUAUUGCUCUUGAAUUCAUCGAGUUUCAUUUGUUUUUGUUUUGUCAUUGUCAUUUUCAGCUCUUUUUUCUCGAGUCUUGGUUUGUUCGAGCAAAUUCAAACUUAAAGCUGAGCAAGUAAGCGGUGAUGGAUUCUUAGAUUGCAGGUUGCAGAUAGCAGGUGUGUCAGGUCACUGUCUUUUAAGUUGUUGAGCAGGGGGUCUUUAAGUGGUGUCCGGCUCAAUCCCUCCCGUGUGUGAGGUAUCAGGUUCCCCACCGUCCCCCCCAGUCUCCUGGGAGCCGUAGCCACCAUUAGAAUGUGACUUCUUCUGCGGCGGCUGUUAAGUCCAGGAUCGUAAUUGCUUUAAUGGUGUGUUGAUGUAGAUACAAUCACCUGCUCUGCCCACCCCAGCAGGUAUAAGGUGUAGAUAGACCCCCACCCAGCCCCACCUCAACCCCCAUCAAACCCUCUUGAGCCUUUAAUGCCUCCCUCCCCUGUGGUCACUCAUCACAGUCCCCAAAAUGCUUUUAUAUGCUGGCCCAGGGUACACAGAGCAGGUCACCAGAGAGCCUGGAAUGGGAGCUAUUCCUCCCUCAGGCCGGGUCUGCUCUGGUUCCUGUCAUCUGGUGGUUGACAGACUCUGGUUUUAUCACUGCUUACACCGGCUCACAGUAGCAACAACAGCAGUAGAGUUUCUGUGUUCAGCUAUAAACUGUAGAGGUCUUUGUGUUGACAGUUUUUGUGUGAAAAUGAAAAUGAGGCUGAUUUAAAUUUUCUGUUGUCCUGUCUAUAAAAACAGAGGGCAAAUCUUUUUAAGUAACUCAAUUAAUAUUCCUGUGGAUUUCUAUUGCUGGCUGACCAGAGAAAUGUGUUUUUGAUUCAGUAAGGUAGCAGUCUGAUAUUGUAGCUAGAUGGCAGCUUGAAAACAGAAUUAAACAUUUCCCCCAAUUUGAUAGUGUUUUAAACACAAUAAUGAGUUAUCAGAAGUGAGUUAUGUUUCAUUUCUGAACUUUUAUGCAGAGGAAUGACUUUAUGGCAUUGAUGUGUAUUUGCAGCAGGGAACCUUUCUGAAGUGAUAUUACAGUGGGAGUAAGUUUCUGAGUUCAUUUUUUUGGGCAGGUUUGUUAAGAAUUUAUUUAAAGCACUCUCAGAAAGGUUCAAUAUUUGUUGAUUGCUGCCAUAAAGUUGGUGACAUUUGUUAAAUGUACCGAUAAGACAUGGUAGUUCCCGAUCAAUUUGUUUUCCCAUUGGCCUUCUCGUACCAGAAGUAUUUUGAAAGUUCAGAUAUGUCAUUCCAAAUGCCACACUGUUGGCAUGGGCCAACGCUUUUAAAUCACUGCUGCCAUAUGCAUUUGAACUAUCUCUGAUAUGUGAUCUACAGGCCAUCACUCUUCACGUCAACGGUCUCCUUUCCUACUGGCCAGAAGUGUUUACCCCAGCAUUUAUGUCAGACAAAGAAAAGGGCUCCAAGGCCUUAAACAGACGGUGAAACCUUUCCAAAACUUUAUUAAAGGCUGUUGAGGAUGUCAAGGCUGCUGAUUUACUGUGUUCCUGCUUAGCAGCCUGACAUCCCAAAGGCCUAAACACAGCCUCGGCUAUAAACAGGAGGAAUUUUUAGGAGCAACUAAAGUGGUUAUUAAAUGGUAGCUGUAUUAUAGUGGAAUAAGAUCUGAUGAAAGGAAAUGAGGAGAACAGCCUUAAACUCCGGCAUACAAGGCUGAUGAACGACUUCCAGGCAAUUUAACAUCAAAACAUGAUGAGUUCAGGUCACACUAUCUGGGCCUCCCUAUCUGGCUUUAUUCUUGAUUCAAUUAGACCAGAAGCAUUGUCCAGAACCCUAUAUUUAAUUCAGGGUACUCUACAGCUCUAUGUCCCUGCUUUUAUCUUCUCUUGGUCUGUGGCCAGCAUCCACCUUUUCUUCAGAAUAAAGAUUGAACUUUGAUAAUUGGUGCCUGUCAGAUCCAGCUUUACAGCUGCCAGCAUCACAGGCAGGCUGUGUCAUCCCUGAGCGGCUGAACACCUCACUGACACGACAGUCAAUUACGAAACUGUGCAAAAGACUAAGUAUGAUAUCACAAAUAUGACUCCACAGUUACGAGAAAAUACCGACCAAACAGGAAGUUGUGUCAGCUGGUUUGUUACCGUGUCAAAUCAUUUUUGUCCUGAUUCUCCCUCUUAAUUCUGGGGAGAAAAAUGACACUUCUUGAGGAACUGUUUAACUUUUCAUCUAUUCAUUUUGUGACAUCUUUUUGUAGAGUUGUUCCAAAACAUAUACACUGAAAAGAAACGUCUCCUACAAAGCCAGAGUGAAGGAUAUGAUGCAUGCAUCUGUUCCAAAUUGCAUAUUCCCUUUAACUGUCCAUUUCCAUACAUGUAUAUUGUUUUUAUUUAUUUUAACAGUGUUUUAACUGUGUUCUUAAUGCCUGUACAGUGUCCUUGGGUGUCCAGAAAGGCGCUUUUAAAUAAAAUGUAUUAUUAUUAUUAUUAUUAUGCAUGUCUGUAAAACAGCACUGGCUUAGCUUGGCUUAGCAUGUUUUAGGUUAGGAGUCCUUUAAGUGUCUAUGAGUCAAGACUAAACAAAAUGUUGGUUAAACUUAGCAAGGCCAUUCAACAACAACCACAAGCAGACUUUAAGAGGAUGUCUAAAUCAUAUUCUGCAUCACCAAAUCAGAAACGGUUCCGCUGUCUGGACCAAUUUUCCUCCUAUUAGAUCAGAUUUGCUGGACAUGGCUACGGCCAAUUGAGUUUAAACCUUUUUAAUAAUGUGUGUAAUUAGCCCAUUGUGAGUAGUGUGUGUUUGGGGAAGCCUAUACCUGCUAAAGGCUGGAGGGUCUCCUCCAGAAUUUUUUUUUUCUUCAGUGAGUGUGUGUGUGUGUGUUAUCCAUUCACAAAGCACUUGUCUCCUAACACCUGCAUGCCCAACAUCAUUGUUCUCCAGACAAGCUCUUAUAAGCUCUGGUGUCAUUGUUUCCGGGGGGUUAAGCAGCAGCCGUGCGCCGCACACACACACUGACCCUCAUCCAAACAGAAAGCAACCCUGUGGCACUGUUACACAAGUAUGCUGAGGUUGACUCGGAUGACCUCUUUCAGGUGUGUCUGUCUGACUGUGUCAGAGUGUGUGUGUGUGUGUGUGUGUGUGUGUGUGUGUGUGUGUGUGUGUGUGUGUGUGUGUGUGUGUGUGUGUGUGUGUGUGUGUGUGUGUGUGUGUGGAUGAAUCUAUGAAAUAAAGCAGCAACAUUGCUUCACAAGUCACUACCUUUGCACAUAGGUACAUGGUGUACUUAGUGUUUUCUGUUGGUCAUCUGGCACAUUAGUAACACCUGGCAGUGCACUGGGUGUGAGCUGGACAGCUGUGGUCAGCCGUGCUUGGAAUAAACAAGAGGCCCUCGAGAGAUUAAUGACUGUCUAAAGAGCGAGAGCCAUGGCACCUCGUCCAGGAAUGUGCCAUUUAUAAAUGGAAAGGAAUGGGGUGAAUGACAAGCAGAGCAAGCAGGAAGGAGCUGGCUUUGACCCAGGUGUAUUCUCCAUCUUGUUUAAAGAGGAAUGGAUACUAUAAUUCCUUCUCUGCUGUCUGAAUAGCAGUGAGUGUGGACUUGUAACAAAAAGUUAAAAUAAACCAAUCAAAUCAACAGCUGAGCCUUACCACUUAAUAUACAUUCUGCAACUAAUCUAACUUUCCAUCACAAGUCCUCACUCACUGCUAUCCAGAACUUAUAGAUAAUGCACUAUUUCUACCAUGCAAGUAUUUCUGAGGCCAGGGACCUCAGACGUGUCAACACUGUGGUUCAGGAAGGGGUCGGAUCAUUAACACAUCAUGUGGAAACAUAGUUUAUGUUAGACUUUCAUACUUCUUUUUAUUGAGAAAUAAGAUCUCUCCUUCCUGUUAGCAUGCUUUAUUCAGAAGUUUGGGGCCUUCAACACCUUCGGUCAUCACUUGACAUGCAAUAACCUGUGAUUAGUUUUUUGUCUUCUCAUUGUCUGUUUAUUUAUUUUUUUAACACACUUUCAGGGCUCAUGACACCGAUUUAAAACUAAAAACCUUUAAAAUCCAACAGUUUCAAAAGGCUGACCAUACUUUUGUCAUAGACUAUGUGUCAAUUUACCAACUGCGUUAUGUUGUUAUUUAAAACUAAAGAUAAUUCUUUCAAUAAUUUGACAUGUUCUGAGUGUUAAUGUAGAGUAACAAAAAAACUACUAUCACAGAGCAGUUUUCUACUCUUAAGAUCAGGAAAGAACAAAUUUAACUUCAUUUUUAGCUGUUUUAUUUUUGUUAUGCAUUUUGAAAAUCACCUUUAAACAAUUACUGAUGGCAUUUCUUUGUUUACAUCCCCUCUUUUUCCUUUACUUCUCCAGUCACAGUAUACAAAUCUGGGGCUCCUGAACAGCAUGGAUCAGAACAUCCAGAAUAGCGGUUCAACCUCCACCAGCCCCUACAACAAUGACCAUGCACAAAACAACGUGACAGCCCCCUCACCUUACGCCCAGCCCAGCUCCACCUUUGAUGCCCUUUCUCCCUCACCAGCCAUCCCAUCCAACACAGAUUAUGCUGGGCCUCACACCUUCGACGUCUCCUUCCAGCAGUCAAGUACAGCAAAGUCUGCAACCUGGACGGUAAGACAUUCAUUCAUAGAGCAGUUUUAACACUCUGUAUAAAGUUUCAAUCAUGAUUACUAAUAGCUGAGUUGCCUGGUCAAAAGACAUUUACUAAAUAAACCUUUAAUAAACCUUUUAAAUGUGAAACUACCUAAUAUGAUGAACAGUAAACAGUCAAACAAAUUUCAAUGGUACAAAUCAAUUAUCCUUGGGCAACAUGACUUAGAAAUAAAAUUGCUUGUGUGGUAGGAAGAAUUUCAUGUUUCGACUUCUGAUUUAGUUUUGUGAGGUGAAGUAGUAGGUAACAUAGGAGCUAUUCAGUUCUCAUACACUAAUGUCUUUAGGGACAUGAUAAAAGUUAAUAUCAUAAUUAGCUUUCUUACAGGCAUUGCAAUCUUCUAACCCAUACACUUGUUCCCCGAUCGUUCGCUCUAUUUCUAUAAGUCGGGCCUGCAUAGCUGGGCACAGGAGUUGGAGCUCGGAUCUGUGACAUAGGAAAUCUCACAGUAUCUGAGUCUGCGGUUUGGGUCUGAUUACUCAAUUAUUCGAUGGAAUAUUCGGUAGAAUACUAGAAUACUGAAAUAUUCCGUAGCUGCAGCUCUAGGUUUAGCUGAGGCAGAAGUGCAAAAUGACACGAAUAGUUGAUAGUAAUGAGUGUAAUCAAAAUAGGAGUAUUGUUUACACCAAUAGUUUUACAAGAUCUGCCAUGACCCUUAAUGAUUAGCAAACAUUCACGCUCCCAUAGGACACUUAUUUCAGGCAUUCACAUGCACAUUUCUCUGCUGAUGUACUGUGCAGCUCAGCUUUGAGCUAUGAAUCUAAUACAAGGCGACUCUUAAAGCAUGAAAUUUAAAUGUGAAAUGUUUGACACUAAUAGUAUUGACCUCCAGAGACACAUUAUUAAUCCCCUACUGUCAUGACAACAGGUCAUCAUUGUAUGAAGUAGUGAUUUGUCAGAGUAGGGGUUAAGGAAAAACUUCUUCCAUGAACUCUUUAUCUGACAAUCUGUGCUCCAGGCAGAUUGAAGUGCACUUUAUUUGAAAGCCCUGCGUUUCGCAACUACAUCUGGCAAGGAGGAAUGUCACUUGAGAUGUAUAGCUUCAACUCAUGACGAAACCUCAGGCACUUUGUGUUAAGGCAUUACUUGAUGAAAGAAGAGAUGCUGAAGAGAAUGAUUUCACUACACAGACUGUCACCAGGAGAGGGAUUCACUCAAACUACAUUUUUCAGGUCUUUCAACUGUAUUCCUUAUUAAAACUACUCAUUUAUGUUCCUAAAAUAUAUAUACACCUCCACUUAGCCCCCUGUGACAUCUUAAUGCUCAUUAUGUUGAAACUCCAGCUGACUCAUUACUCUGCCAAAGUUCACUAGUACUUUGUUGAUGACAGAGGUAAACAGCUUUAACAGUUGGUCCAGGUGUGGUGAUGUCCUGAGCGGCCUGCUGUGACCAUGUGACACUGCGUAAACCUACACAACCAGCUCCUCCUGCUCUGUCAUUACACAUGACAGGGCUGAGGGACAGCUGUUGCAUCAGAGCCCCACCUGCUCACUUGUUUAUGUGUCUGAUGCGAACUGCUGUGUGCAGACACUGUAACCACAAACCACAAAUUCUGUGAAUGAAUGCACCCUAGUGGACAUCGUAGUUGACAGAUGUGUCCCCCUGGAGACAUUUCGUCAUCAGAUGUGCAGCAAGUUCUGAUUAAACAUUAUGUAUAUGGAAUUUAGAUCAAAUAACAGUAAUAGUAUGUUGUUUUCUUCAUCAGCUUUGUGCAACGUAGGCUGAUUAUAAAUAAUAAUCUUAAUCUCUUUGGAUAGAGCACUUGAAUAAAAAUUAUCACAAUGAGAGAACAAAAAAAAUUUUAAGGGAACAAAUUUUAAAGAAUAAAGAUAUGAGGAUAAAAAAAACGGUAUUUUUAUAGAAGUUAAAAACAAAAUAAAAUGAAAACAAAGUAAAUUUAGGCAAAGUUCAGUCAAAAAAGUAUGUUUAAAUAAAGACUUUGCUGAGAUUUACUGUCAAGAUUUCCUUACAUAUAAUGGACCCACAUUACAAAGUGAUUCUUCCAGUCAUUGUAAUGGAGUAUAAUUGGUAUUCAAACUUCAUCAGAAAAGUCAGAUUGAAAGGUUGUUCCUGUGAGAUGUGCGACCGUUGUAAAACCUGCCCAGCUUAAUACGCUGACUUUAACGCUCUGCGCCUUUCAAGUAAACAGGCUGAACUCAGGGAGUGCUGGGCCAUUUCUCACCUUAUUCCUUGGCCACGCCGACUGUGGGACUGUGACAUUUACCCAAUUCCCACAGUGCCUCACUCAUCCCUCUCAUUUUCACAGUCCCAAAAAACAAAAGUGUUUGUCUGCUGCGCAACUGUGAGGAGCUAAAGAGUGUGGUUUGGGAGAGGCACGCCCCAUUAGGACACAUCCCCAUCGUAGACACACAUGUAGUGUAACAGACUGUGUGUCCCACAGUCAUAACACAUGAUGCAAGACUGGUUUGAUUGGUCUGACUUAAAGUUGAAGAGCAGUGGAUGGCUGCCUAUUAUUAUCCCCUGACGCCCAAACUUUAGAUUUACCAAUUUAAAUCAUAAUUACCUUAAAAUAGAUGAAGAGCUGGUUUGCCUUAAACAACUGUUUAGAAACAAACAUGUCCCUGAAGCUUAGAAAAAAAAUGCAAAAAAAAAAAAAAAACAAGUAUAUGACCAACAGGCUGCGAAAAGUGCUUUACAAUGCAAAAUUUUAAAACACAGAUGAAACAAGAGAACAAUAUUAGCCAUGGCUAGACUUUCUAGACUUGUGCAAGGACAAUAAAACAAUAAAAUGCUUUUAAAAAAAUGUAAGAAAAAAAGAAAGAUUAAACAAACAAAGUAAAACUUUAAAAUGACAACUAAAUAUGCUAAUGAAAAGUCUGUUUUUGGAGAUACAUCUAGAGUUUCCUUUUGCUUGACCCCCUGUAAUAAUACAGAAGUAUUUCAGUGGCACUGGUACAGGGUCAAAUCCAACACCUCUGAUAAAGACUCUGCCCAAGGAAUUUUGAUUUAGUCACAAUAUUUAGUUAUAUCGUUCAAAUCAGAGUUACAGUUGUUUUUGUCUCUGUGCCUCAGAGCUGUUUUUGAAAUACCGGUAGUUUUAUAUUCUUCUUUACAUGUUUACAUUGAAGCAUUUUUAGUAGGGAUGCAUGAAAUCAGUCAGGAUGUCAGCAUCAGCUGAUGAGAGCUGAAGAAGUUUAUUAUUAGCAGAUGUAAAAUAUUUCUGCUAGUGUACAAGGCCAAUGAGGAGUCAAAUCAGUUAUUUGCCAAGAUGACACGUUUAUUGCCAACACCAAGUUGCAUGAUGUUGGUGUUUUGAAGCAAACGUAAAAAACUAUUUGUAAUGCUUGUGAAGCACAGGUGAUGGGAGGAGGAGCAAAUCAACACUCCUUUGAUUUACGACAAGUUUGACUCUGCAACUGAACAACCGUUAUUCUGAACGGCAGCAAAAGUUUCUAAAAAGUAUGAAAAUGUUUCAGCAAAACUUGUCGGCAGCUUCAACUUAAGUACUUUAGAAUCUAAUGUUGUCUUGUUUUAUGUCUGUUUCUUAAACACACAAAACGUUAGCAUCAGAGGGCAAGUCUUGCACAGAAUAAAACUAUACAGAAAAAGUGUGGAUGUAUUGGUUUUGGUGUCAGCCAAGAUGAGUUUGAAAACAUCAGCAUAAAUCAAUAGCAUGCUUCCCUAAUUGCUUACCAGUUGGGGGCAAAAUGCUGUCAUAAUACUAUCAAAAACAUUUUCUUUAACCAGAAAUUUAAAAAAAGUAGAUCCACAAAUUCACAGAGCAGAAAAACUUAAUCUGGAUAAAAAGGUGUAAAUGUAAAAUGUAAAUAAAUAAACCUCUAAACAGAUAACAUUUGAAUUUGGAAAUAAAAAGCGAGUCUUUAAUUAUUUGGUGUGUACAAUAUUCCAAAAAUGAUACCAAGAGUACUUUACUAAGAGUAGUGAAGACAGGAAAACUAGAAAAAAAUGGCAUAAUUACUGAAGUUUUUAUAAAGUUUUUUUGAAGUGUUGAAAAAGUUGAUAAACCACACAAAUUAGAGUUUAUACUUUAUCAACUUAAUAGUGUGAUAAUUAAAUGAGUUCUCUGUCCAUAUCUGGAGGUGCUUGCACUUUUUUCAUUUGUAAAAGUUUUGUAUCUCUAAACGUUGUUUUGUUGUCCUGCUUAUCGUCCAUGAUGUCUAAGAGAAAGAGAGAAAAGGGGAGAGAGAGAGAGAGAGAAAGAGGGUCAUCCUCCAGUUGUGAUUAUAGUUUUUGUUCUCAUCACUGAGGAGACUCCCUCACCUGAUCUCAGGGGAUCUUUACUAAAGCUCCCAUAAUCUCAGCCCAAUCGUUCGACUGCUGGACUGAUGGACAGAUGGCAGCGAGCCACUGAAGAUGUCACCACGGCAGCUUUGCUCUGUGCAAAGAUCUGUUAAUGCCCCCCCUUUUUUGAAGGCCUGCGGGAUCUUCCAUGGGACUUAGUGGACUGUGUACUGUGCUUUUUGAUGACUGUUCUUCUGGAGACACACCUAAUCCCUAACCCACACCUUAACCUCUUCCUGUCUAGGAUGACUGUGACACACACACACAACAUUUCCCAGAACUGCUCCCACAGUUUCCUUGUUGGCACUCCUGCAGUCUCCAUGGUGUUCCCCCUUUUAUUGUGUUGUAAGAACAAAAACACUUGGCGGGGUCAAACUAAUACACACGUUGAAGAUGUUUUAUCUUCUUUGCUUUGCUAAAUUAAUGGAGUGUCGCAAAUGAGGCAGCCAUUGUAGGCAAUUGAUGCAGCUAUUGUGAGGCUGAAGAUUUGUCGUGUUUGCUGUGUGUAUUAGCCGCCAUCAGGUGUAUCAGUCAAAAGGAGAGGAAUGUCAUGGUGUGGGCUAUCAGUGGGACGCUGUAGAGCUGGGGGGGAUUACAGUAAUGGAUUGAGGGCCUGUAGAUAAUACUUGUGUAAAUACUGUGUGCCUCUUUCCUGAACCCUGUGCUCCUGGAGAGGGUUCUGUCUUUUUGAGAGAGUUAAGCUUGAUGGUUGCAUCUCACAUUGCGCCGGAGGAGGAGGAGGAGGAGGAGAGCCCUCCUGAAUGCUCAAAGAGAAGAGUGUUCUAGCGAAAGGCUGCAAGACGCAGCUUGUCCCUGGAACAUCUGCGGGCCCGUCCCACGCCUCACGAGAUGGGGCCGAGACUUGUUUGUGUCAAGAAGCUUGUCACAACUCGCCCAUCACAGAGAGACAAGCCCUGAGAGCUACAGAUGGGAAAGGUAGAGGGGAAAUUUUUUAAAAAGGCAAGAGUUGAAAAGGAUUUUUUAUGAUGUGGGCUAUGGGAUUUCUCCAUAAUGAGCACGGAAAAGCCCAUUCUCUCACAGUUUAUAUCACAAGAUCCUUUUUUUAACAAACAAUGCCAUGAGGACCCCUGCAGCAGCAAUUUACCUUAUCAGAAACAAGAGUUGUGCUGUAGUCGAAUAAAAACAAAAAGGAAGACAUUAGUCUGUUAUCAGUUGAAGAUAAGUUUUUCUUGGAUCAGAACAUACCAAAUCCUCACAGAGUUUGUUGGAAGCUCUUAACACAGAAAAACAAUGUUUUGGGAUGACUGAACUUUGGAGUAACUCAAAUGUCUUUGCAACUUUAUGACUUCUUGGGAGGACAUUUAGAUCAAACAGGGGUUUCUAAAAUUACUAAAUUAUUAAAGAAAUGUAUUUACAUAUUUAGUCUUUCAGAAUUUGUUUUCAAUUCUUGCUCUCAGUUUAAGUUUUAAGCAAAUCAGAUCGGUCUUUCUGCACUUGAACAUCAUAUCUACCUUAGAGCAUUGGUCCCCAAUCUGGGGUCUGGGAGUAGCACAAGAGCUCUCAUUUGUUUACCUUGGGGUUGACAAAAUAAGAUUUCCAGAUAUUAACUAAAACCAUGAUAACACACCGGCUGAUCGGUUUAUACCACUCUCUGGAAAUAAAAAGACUCCCUCACUACUUUUGGUCCAAACACUAAAAUUACAGAUUAUUUUGCAUUACUUUUUUCUGUGACUUUUGAGGGACAUUUUCAGAAAAGUUAUAACAAAAUAAAAAACAGAAAAACAGAAAGUUAAUGUAAAAAUUGGUGACAUUAUCAUUAUUUGAUCAGUUAUUCAUAUUUCUAUUUCAAAAAUAGUUAGCCUUGGCAAUAAUUAUAAUAUUAUAUUAUAUUUAGUGCAUUCUGUCAUUUUAAUUGAACAGAAAACAGUGUGGUGACUAAAAUCUUAAAACAGUGUAACCGAACACUCAAAAAAAAAAAAAAGAAAGAAAAGAAAAAGAAAACGAGGGGAAAAAAAACAUUUUAUUUUAAAGUAAAUGGGACAUGGAGGGUGCAGGUUUGUAUAAGUUUUUCAGUCAAAGUUUAAACUGAUAGGGGGCUUGAUGGAGGACCAUUUUAAAAGCCCUGAUGAAAACAAGAGUUCAGGCAGCUAACACAAGGAGUGAGAGAUGAAUUUUGUCUCUCGGCUCUGGCUACAUAAAAAUGAUGGCACAUGAAUGUGUCCAGGUUUGUCCUGGGACCGGUGUUAUCUCUUAGACUUGAUGGUAAAGUUGGGGACUAAAGAUUCCCAGGUAACCUUUUUAAUCUAUAAAAUGAGGUGAAAACGACUAUAACUUUUUCUUCCAAGAAGCAGGUGUUUCACGUCUUCUUGAAGGGAGAAAAGUGAAAAAACUCCUUUGCAUUAUUGUUGAAUUAAACAGGUUUGGGAGAAGCUCUAGGCAUGACAUGACAUGUCAGGUAUGAAGAAGACAAGACCAGAGGCGCCAAACAGUGCUUGUUUAAGGCCUGAUGUUUGUCAGGACUUGACUUCUGCAUGCGCCCGCAGCGCCUGUCAGGGAGAAAAGAACGCUACAGCUGUGGGCCUGCCUCAACCUGUGCUGCACGGGAAGUUCGUGUGUUGUGUGUACGCGCGUAGUGCGUGUGUUAGAAAGUAAUUGCACACAUGCAGAACUGUGGAAGCACUUGGACAAAUUGUAUGUUGCAUGCAUUCAGAUUAUUACAAGGACAUAUUUUCAUCAUUACACCAUUUACAAGCUGCAGGCGAAUCAAUGUGUGUCUUCUUGUUAGGUUUUGGCCCUGCAGCAGCAGCAGUCACAGUAGGAUGUAAACAGCCUUCUAAGGUCAUCCAUUAUUUUUCCAGUGGAAAGCAAAGGUGUCAAAAGUUUCUUGCAAACUUUUUUUUGUUUCUUAUGAUCAUGAUUAAGCAGCCGUGUAUUGUGCACAGUGUGUACCUUGGCUGUGACCAAUGAAAGGCUCAUAAUUACAUGUUAACACCUGAGCACCGCGCCCUGUGUGAGCCACUGAAUCCCAUCAGUCAACCAGUUGUCCUCCACCCUGAACACUGUUAGCUUUAGCAGGGCGCUGCUUUCAGCAGUCAGCCGCAGCAGCCUCUGCUCUCACUGCUGAGCAAACAGAGCUCCAGCCGCACAAAGUUGUGUGCACAAAGUUGUGUGCACAAAGUUUGUAGCUGGAGGGCUGGGAUGGUUCUCUGUUUUUUUGUGUGAAAGGUUGAGAUAGUGGAUAUGAUCUAAACAAACUUUGGUUUUCUGUCUCAAACAUCUGUGAUUAGAUCUUACUGCUCUGAUUUUUUGCCUUCAGCUACACAGAACCAGCAGCCUGUAAUUAUUCAAAACACUACGUACUGACCCUUUACACCGCUCAUCUCUCUUCUCUCUUUUCCUCCUAAUCUGCUGCUCUCUCUUGCUCUUUUGCUCUUUUAGCUCUGUCUCUCUCCUCGACUUCUCCACCUCAUUUAGCUGAUUGACACAGGCGUACAGGAAGAAUCAGGUUGGGAGUGAGUAAGUGAGGGGGGAAACCAUUCCUCUUUUUCUUUUCUGGAAAGCUUUUCUUUGAUUUGAGCAGAGAAUCAGCUCAGUUGUUGUGUUGAUGAUGAACAUGUCCCAGAGCUUGAAUUGUGCGCUCCUGUCAUGUUAAUUAGAUGUAUUUAUGCACUUGACACUUUGUUUUAUUUUUAUAACCUCACUGUCUGCUUUAACUUUUCAUACUAUAAUAACUAGCCGUGAAUAUUAGCUGUACUAUCUGUCAGUUCAUUAUGAGCAUGUAAAGUUUCUAAUGAGGUCACUUGAGGAAAGGAGCAGUGAAUUUGGGUUAUUAUUAACUCGCCUUUUAUAAGUGGAUCUCUGGGUGUAGAAUUUGAGUCAGAUCAUGAGGAGAGAUGGGAAGGUGGUGUUUUGGGUUGGUCCCGAUGAAAGGAAAGGUUGUGAUGGGGGAAAGAGUAGAAAAUGUCUGUGCCAAUGCUUGUGUAAUAUUUAAAGUACGCACAGACGGCCACCAGGAUAACCACCUUUCCUCAGAAGUGCACUUCAUAAAGGUGGAAAUUUUUAUGUUGCAUUGUUCUCCAACAGAGCCUCGAGCGAGUUUUCACAACGUUCACUUUUCUUCACUCAGAAAUGAACCCUGACAGAAAACAUUUCCCCUCCUACCUCCACCCAGCGUCUCCAGCACAGAGAAGGAUUUAAAGCUGUGCUUACACAGCAGUGAUUUGAAGGAUUUGUUUGCACAGUGGAGUUAUGCCUAUUAGUAACAAUUCAGUCUUUCUUAAUGCUCACUGGUGAUCAAUUCUAACAGUGCCAAGGAUCAAGGUGCAUCCAUAAUUCAUGACUCUUGGCUUUACAAACUUGAACAUGUGCCAGUUUGUGAGCGCAACCAUCAUGAUUCGGCGCCAGAUCCUCUUUACCUGCUGUGAUUGCACCUUCGUUCCUGCUCUCUGAACUAAAGCAGAACUGUUUUCAUUUCAAACCUGUGCUCAGCCUUAUGGAGGGUUAGCUUGCCAGAGAUCUUCAGAAGUGGUAUAUGAUGAGUGGCCAUCAGAUGCUUCUGCAGAACACCCAUCCCUUGAAGAUGAAAGCCAGGCCCAGUUUAAUUGCUGCUAGAGGGGUCCAUUUUAUGGCACUCCUCGGAAGUCCCAGAGGCUCUCUGAGACAUCUUUGAGGUUGCCCAAUACACACUCAAAGCACCAAAACUUGUGUGUGUCUGUGUGUGUGUGAUUAUUUAAGUAGGUCAUAAUCACAGUCUUGUCUGUAACCUCUUUUUGCCUGAGGAGAGACCAGAAGUGCAACAGGUGUUACACACAUCGAUCUGUGCUUUUAAAAUUGAGCCCAAAAAGUUGUUAAAGCUUAAAAACAAUCAACAAGACGGUUUUCUCUAACCUGUUUGUCUUGUUUUUCUCUUUUCCAGUACUCCACAGACCUGAAGAAGUUGUACUGUCAAAUUGCCAAGACAUGUCCUAUCCAGAUCAAAGUCCUGACCACUCCACCUCAGGGGGCUGUUAUUCGAGCCAUGCCUGUAUAUAAAAAAGCCGAACAUGUGACCGAGGUGGUGAAACGCUGCCCAAACCAUGAGCUCAGCCGCGAGUUCAACGACGGUUAGUUUUUAAAAAUAUAUAAUUUCCUAAAUAAAAGUUGACUCUGGUGUUAUUGUUGUUUUCUGAUAAUAUUGCAUUUGCAAAUCUUCAAUCCAGGUCAGAUUGCUCCUCCGAGCCACCUGAUCCGGGUGGAGGGGAACAACCAUGCCCAGUAUGUGGAGGACUCCAUCACUGGAAGACAGAGCGUACUAGUCCCCUACGAACCUCCACAGGUGAGCUGUCUGUCACCACGAAGCGAGGCCAGCUGAAUGCCCUGUCAGCGACGCCUCAGCACCUCCGCCUGCACCGCCUGAUAGAGCGGUGACAGACUCUGAUAGGCCGGCAUCUCACCUCCAACCACUCAGUCCUGACACAGACAGAGACACUCACAUCCCCGAAGACUUUCAGAAGUCUUUUAUGGAUUUAAAACUAGUUUGUUGAUUUAAUUUGCAAAUAAUGAACAAAACAAACACAACUUAUAUGUCAAAACUUUCCUAUCAUUUAAUAAUCAAAAACACAAGGAGCACAAUCAGUACGAGAAAUUAGCAAUACUAUGAUUAGUAGUAAUCCAGUCAGUAUAAUUGGGCUUUUAUGUUGUGCAUUUUAUUUGUUACUCACCAUCGGUGUGUUCCCUCUCUCUCUCUCAGGUGGGGACAGAAUUCACCACAAUUUUGUACAACUUCAUGUGCAACUCAAGCUGUGUGGGUGGGAUGAACAGACGCCCCAUUCUCAUCAUCGUCACUCUGGAAACAAGAGAGUAAGAGACAAGAUACAUCAAAUCUCAUCUUCCUCUUCCUCAGCAGCUACCUCUUCAAAGGGUGUUUCUCACCUCCACUGUUUCCCUUGUCUCCCCCUAGUGGUCAGGUUCUAGGCCGCCGCUGCUUCGAGGCUAGGAUCUGCGCCUGCCCAGGCCGAGACAGAAAGGCGGAUGAGGACAGCAUCCGCAAGCAACAUGUAACAGAUGCCACAAAGAGCAGUGAGGGUACGAAGCGCCGUAAGUAGGGCUGGGGCUGGUGGUGGGCUGACAAGCUUUGGGUCUUAGCUGACAUGCUGCCCGUGUUAAGGAUCCCUAACUUCUGCAAACACUAACACUUCCAGCUCAGUGAAUGCAAAAAAAACCCUUCUGCACCUUCCUCCUUUUUGGCUUGUGAACCUCCUGCUCUGUCUCAGGCCAACUGUUCAGAACGUGACCACAGUGCUCAUAAGAGUUUUUCUGUCUUUCCAGCCUUCCGCCAGGUUUCCCACGGCAUACAGAUGUCCGCCAUCAAGAAGAGAAGAUCUACAGAUGAGGAGGUUUUUUGUUUGCCUGUAAGUGCCAUUGAAAUAUUUCAGGGUUGGUUAUUUUUGAGGGAGUGUGAGAGGAGUUCACAUAGACAUAGUUACCACAACAAACCUCCAAGAUAUUCUUUUUGUACAUGAGAAAAAUGCACACACAGGUUUAGACACUCUUCACUAAGGUCCAUGAUAACUUUAGCCUUCAGGAGUGUGUCUGAGCUGCUUACUGACUCUUUUCUCUCCACUUUUCUGUUACAGAUUAAAGGCCGUGAAAUUUAUGAGAUUCUGGUAAAAAUUAAAGAGUCUCUGGAGCUCAUGCAGUUUCUGCCCCAGCACACUAUAGAGUCAUACAGGCAGCAGCAGCAGAAUCUCCUACAGAAACAGUGAGUACAUGUUGACAUGUUGUAAUAACAGAUGUUUGUUCUCAGACAGACCUACAACACACGUAAAGGUCACCCUUCAAUCAACCUCCCUCACACUGAAUUGCCCGUUUUCUUGCACUAAAUCCUCCCAAUCAAAGUUUUGUUCUGAAUUAGCUGCAUGGUUGAUUUCACUCCACAUGACUGAGGUGUUGCUGCAGCAGUUCAGGCUUUGCAUGAGAUUUUUUGAAUGUAUCCAUCAAAGCCGUUGAAGCAUUGCCGCCUUCAAGUACAUAAUUGUCAACAAUGGCUCUUGUUUAGCUUUUCCCAGCAAUCUCAGCCUAACUCAGAGAGGGUGAGCCUUGCAUCAGGUAGAGCUUUUUUUUUUUCUCUUCUCAUGGGAUGUGAGCCAGAUCCGAUGAAUCGUGACAACUGUACCUGGCUACGCUUUGUUAACAAGAAGCUUCCAAAAGAUUGGUGGUAACGCCUUUGGGUGCUUUGCCAGAGGUUUGCACAACAACAGCACCCAGUGAAAUCCGUGCCUUGGCCUCUUCUAUUUAUCAUGAGUGUAAUUAAAAGUGUCUCAGACACACAUGUUCACACACCCAUUUCACUAUAAGCUAUGGAAAAGACGAGAGGGUGUAAAUGAUAGUUUGACAGCCCUGUGAUGAUAAUUACUGCUUAUGUUAUCGUUUCCCAUUAAGAGACUGGCAGACAGCCACACAGUGAGAUAAUGCUGCAUUCGCUGGUUUUCACUUUAUUCCUGUUUGGUGCUGGAGAACUGUUAGUGUCAGGCUGAAGUAAUAAUGCCAGAAAAAGGAAGAACAUAGCAUAAGUCUGCCAGAAGAAAGACAAAUCAACAAAAUGCAUCAAAUGUCUCAACCAAAUGGGAAUUUUUGGGGCAUUUAUAUUCCAAAAACUUAACCUGCAUAUUUGAAGGAAAUGCACCUGUCUUUGAUUUCUAUUCGUUUACUGUAAACAAGAAGAGGAUGGAGCACAUUGCUGUACAACCAAGUCUGUAUUCUUUUUAUUAACCACUAGGGGGCAUCUCCACAGGUUGCAAAAGGAGUUCAUUAGUAUGAAAAUGUACCCCAAGAUGACCUUAACUAUAACUGGAAAUCUUAAAAAAAAAGAAAAGAAAAAAGAAAAGAAAAGAAAAAAAAUGUUAAGGCCAAGAGACCCUAUUUUAAAGACUCCUCCAAUUCAGCAUGAUGUGUGUGUUGUUAAUGAUGGUCCCAUUUAGAGUGAAAGAGAAGCUGAGGAAGCAAUAACAUGAAGGCGUGGCUAUCAGCGGUUGACAACACUCCUUUGUCACCCAUGUUUUCUACACAGUGUGAGGUUUCAUGCAUGCCCUCUGUGAACAUUUCUCUAAACGCCUUGUUGGCUCUUUUCUGUUACUAACAAACUUUUACUGCUCCUGUCAGAGUGUUUGAAAUAAAGGUUCAGUCCACUGAAAAUGUUUCGGGCCUCUUUUCUCACUCUCUGUAAAUGUAAAAAGGAUCAGCAGACAGCGCACUAGUACUGAUCUGUGUUCCUAGAGUGCCAUCUUCUGGACAAAGACAGUAAUGCAUUUCUUCCACGUAUGAAGAAAGAAACUUAGUGCACCUUUUCCCCUCUGUCGAUCUGGUGUCAUCACUGUUUUUAUUGAACUUUUCUGAACUGCUGGGCCUCCUCCGGCUCUCUACUCUGUCCUCCUCUGUCAGCGAGCCCUUAUUUGUGCUCUCUCUUCUCUCUGGUUCCUCCCUCACAGUCUGAUUAGAACCUGCCUGGGUAGCCAGAUCAUGGAGCCUGCAGGAGAGCAGAGACGGCGCUACAGCUCCUCCUGAAACUCUGCCUCACAUUCCUCCUCCUCCUCCUCUUCCUCUACCUGAGCUACAUGGACCUCCUCUCUGUCUCCUUCUAUCUACUUCGAUUUUUCUGAUCUCCUUAUUUUCGGCCUUUCCUGGUGCCUUUCAAGGGAAUUGACACUGAAACUUACCACGUUUGAUGGAUUAUCACUCAUGCAGGCUGUAGUCCUACAUGCUGGAUGAAGCUUUUUCCUGGUUACUCUACCAGCUCUACUAAAACCAGAGACUCCGAUUUUAGGACUGAUGUGCAUGCAUUAUUUUUUCCUGCUCUGGUAUUUUGCAGGGUUGCCUCACUUUUUGUUUGAGUCUCCCUGUUUUAUUUUAUGUUUGCGAUCUGUUGCAUAGACUCUGUUGAACAUUUGUCCUGUUCAGCCUCUUCUGACGGCUGGACUCAGACAGGAACCAAGCCUCAAUGAUGACUGACAAAGCUUAUUAUUACACUGAAUGUGUUUCUGCAUUUUGAAUCCCAUCAAGAGCUGGACUCAUAAAAUCUUCAUUUAGAGGUGUUUUGAUGGGACGAAGAGACUUUAAUACUAUUACUGAAUAUGAGAUAUUUUGCUAAUGCUGGUCAUGUUUUAUAAAAUCACUGCAGGACAGUUUGUUUGUUUUAAACUGCAGAUGUGCUCUUUGUGAUUAAAACAGAGCAGAUCUGUUAGAAACUGAUUAUUUUGUUAUUUGUUGGCUGCAGCUCUCUCCUCUGUCAGAACAUAAUAAAAAGGCUUUCUGUGCUUGAAAACACUCAUUUACUGUUCUGCCAUUCAAUUCAUCAAUAUUGAAAAAACAUAUGAAAAAAAAUCCCCAAUUAAAGAUAUGUAUGUCAAUGUAUUAAACAUCUGAGUUGGAAUUUUUCCAAACACGAAUCAGACUUUAGCUCUGCAGCACAUGGAGCAGAGCAUCACAGCCAUAGACUGUAUAUACUUCUAUAUACAGUCUAUGAUCACAGCUGAGCAGACAGUGGUCUGCAUUAUAACUUGACAAAAAACCUUUGAUGUUCUGAAUAAAAAAACGUCUAAGAUGUUUUACUGAGUAUCAGUGUGGGGUCAUACUGGUGUGAUUGAGUACUUCCUUUCCCUAGUAAAAACUUUUGGCGUGAUCUCCAACAUUCCAAAUUGGGAUUGUGUCACAGUUUUCCAGCAUUUUUCUAUAUACUUGUUUAAAGUAUUUAUUUGUGGUAGCUUUACGCAAAUCAGCCCAAUAGUAUCUCAGAUGGUCUAAUAGAUUUCAGGGGGAAAGCCCUCAUGAAUGGGUUGGGAAAUUUAAAAUUACAGAAAGUAAUAUCUUAAACAACUACUUUCAGUUGUGUUCUCUCAGAUAGUUUAUUGGUGUCUGUAUUGAAGGCAAACCCUGAUCAUUUUUUGUCAUUAAACCUCCUGACUGUCUCCUUCUCUCUCCCUCACCAGGACUUCGAUGCCGUCACAGCCCUCCUACGGCUCCAGCUCCCCUACUCAUGGAAAAGUCAACAAGCUGCCCUCCGUCAGCCAGCUCAUGAACCCCCAGCAGAGGAACACACUCACCCCAUCCAGCAUGUCUGGAGGCCUGACUGACAGUAAGUGUGUCCUUUUGUUCUUCUUCCUGUCUAACUUAGACCGUCCCUCUCCUCCCUCCCCUCCUCCACGCUGUCCCGUCCCUCCUGGGCUGAUUGUAGACUCACAAAGACAGCGUGUCCAGGCAGGCAGGAGGGGACCUGAACACCUCUCAGCCCCCCUGACAGAAAGUUUCCUCCUCAGAAAGAAUGUGAUCCCUGUGAGACUGUCCUGCAGGACCUGUUGUGAUGCAUCAUGUGUCAUGUUGAGAGCAACCUCUGCAUGCCCCCCCACUCCCCUCUCAUGUGUUUCAGUUGACGUUACGUAAUCUGUAAAUCUCAGGGCAGGAAGGGAAAGCUCACAGCAGCUGCUUUUGUCUCUGCAGUGACUCCUAUGAUGGGCACUCACAUCCCCAUGAACGCUGACAUGAGUUCACUGAGCCCCACACAUGCACUGCAGCCACAGCUCCCCCUGGUGCCUUCCUCCCACUGCACCCCCCCUCCUCCAUACCCCAUGGACAGCAGCAUCUCCAGGUACCUCACCAAUUCACAGUGGGACACUUCUGCAGCUUCUAUAACUAAUUAUUCCGACUUUCACAAUGCAAAAAUAAUAGACUGCAAAAGACACGAAAGACAGAACUAAAGUCCAAUUAGCUAAUCAAAACAAACGCAGUAAAAACACAAAAAGCAUGACAGGAAGUAGUCCUAGAAUUUCAAAGGGGGAGUAAUAGGAUAUUCAAAGUUGUAAUACAGCAGCCCUUUGUCUCGCCUCCUUUUACCUCGAAUUAUGAAAUUAUUGCAUAUAAAACUUCAGAUGUCGGGUCGGAAAAGACUGAUACCCUCCAAAAAAACUCAACAAUGAUUGUGUCUACAGCUUUCUUUUUUCUACAGUUGUCUUUUUUAUUUUGAAGGUAUCCUUAUUAAAGGUAUCUUUAUUGAUAGGACAGAUGAAGGGAGAUGUGGGGGGCAGAGAGUGAGGGAUAACAGGCAGCAGAGGGUUUGGUCAGUAAUCAAACCAGUGACUGCUGGGAUGACGACUAUAGCUUCUGUAUAUGCUCAAACCAGUAGGCCUGCUGGUGUCCUUUACUGGGUUUUUUUUUCCACCCAGGCUUUUCUCAUUAACUGUAUACUUAACAAGAAUAUAGAUAGAAUAUGGUUUCAAGAAUAACACAAACACUGAGGUGCUUUAAACCUGCUUUUUUACAGCUGUAAUCAGCAGCAGGGAGCAACUCUACUGGACCCACUAUAAAGUCUCUUGUAUUUGAGCCUAUGAGAAACUUUACCCUCAUCUCAGUUUACUUUUGUUAUUAAGAGACACAUUUAUUAUUCUGAUGCCUUAAUAACACACUCAGUCUCACUGUCAAGUUUCAAAUCUUCAUUUCUUUAUGUGAACUGUCAGACUGUGGCAGCCCAGUCCACUUCUUUUACUCCUGUACAAGCUCUACAUGUUUAUCCUCAAAUGUUACUAUGAAGUCAGUUUUUUCCAGAGAAAUGAUAAGAUUAAUUUGUAAAUAAUGCAGACUUUGAACUACUAUAAAAUGUAUAUUGUAACCAUCUACGCGUCUGUAAACUCUCAGUAGUCUUAAUCUGGUUGUGUGUUGUGGUUUUAGCUGUAGUCUGAACGUCUCAUCUGUCUUUUUCACAGCUUCCUUAUUCGGCUGGGCUGCGCAGGCUGCUUGGACUACUUCACAGCACAGGGCCUAACCAACAUCUACCAGAUUGAGAACUAUAACAUGGAGGUGAGCCCUUGCCUAUCCAACACGAGUCAUUUGAUGGGUUAGAAAGAAGAGUGGCUCCCCCUGCGAAUACUAACGCUACCCCCUGUGUAAUGACCAUUAGGACCUGUCCAGGCUGAAGAUCCCUGCAGAGUUCCAGCACAUCAUCUGGAAGGGCAUCAUGGAGCAUCGACAGGCCAUGGAUUUUUCCCCACCCCCUCACAUAGUGCGCACCACCAGCGGGGCCUCCGCCGUCAGCAUGGGCUCCUCUGAGGCGCGAGGCGAGCGCGUCAUUGACGCCGUACGCUUCACUCUGCGUCAGACCAUCUCCUUCCCGCCGCGCGACGAAUGGUCCGACUUCUCCUUCGACCUGGAUUCUCGCCGCAACAAACAGCAGCGCAUCAAGGAGGAGGGAGAGUGA